UCUCAUACACAUUUGGUCAUAGAAGAGUGAAGAUGAAGGGCUAUAUUUUGCUGGGUUUAAUAUUUCUGCUCCCUGUCACAGUUAUUGGACAAUAUACGACACCAGAUUUGACAUUGUGUGUAGGAAUAAAGGACUUUGAAGUGUGCAGGACACAUUUACCACCUAAAUGCAGUGACAAGAGCAAAUGCUACUGUAAGGAAAAUAAAGCAUUUUGUAGGUGUAACAACUACAUAAACACGUGGUACAUAGGGGAGAAUUGCGACUUUGAGUGGACCAUCUUGACUUUCGCCCUGGUAGCAACUCUACCAGGAUUGGCCCUGGCUGCUAUUGUUGGUGUGACGGUCCAGUGUGUCCAUUACUCAAGGAAACCAGCUGAGAAACAAAAGGAUCGGACAGAGGGUUACACAAAUAAUGCAAUGUCACCAACAACAUAUGAUAGAAAUAACCAAGAUGACAUGUUCACCAACACUGUGUUUGCCUCAGACAUGCCGAAUCGGCCAAAGCCCUCCAGUAUUCAGCCCACCCAGGAGAGGUUUCCCAUGGCCAACUUACUCAACAGCCCUUACAGCCCCCAACCAAACGGCAUGCGGCCCACUUUAGAUAGAUCGUCUUUGACAAACCUUACAAGCCAGCCGUACAGCCCUUCACCAAACAGUAUUCGACCCUCUUUAGAUAGAUCGUCUUUGGCCUAUCCUCCAAGCCAGCCAUACAACUAUGCUACAGGUAUGACACAGCCCCUGGGUAACCCCUAUCCCAAGUCUCCAUCGCCAAGGAACCCGUAUGAAGACAGAGCGCCACCUCCAGACCAUUAUGACGACCAGCAUAUGAGACCAACACAGCCCCCACCUGGAUACAACGGCAUGAUGAGAGAAGGCAUGUCUGGGUAUCCUGUGCCCAGUUCACCUGCUCCCCUCUACUCAGCUCCGGAGUACAACCCCAGGUCCCAGUUUCCCCGAGCCCAGAUGGGGAGACUCUACUGAGGACAAACAGAGGGACCCUGGACUGAACUAGGAAGGAAGUGGAGCUCCACCAAUUUCACUAUUACAAUGACCAAAAUAGAAUUCAUAUCUAAUUUCAAUUUUCAUUUAACAUAGUAAACAUUUUAAAUUUAAAGGCAAUGUUCCCACAUUCACAGAAAAAUUACCUUUAAAUGUUAAUCGCGCAAUAAGAUGGAUCUUCUGUGCUACGGAUUUAAUCUAGGCCUUAGUAACAGGUUUGGGGUCAAUUCCAAUUUAAUUUGAAAUUCCAAUUCAAUUCUUGAAUUCACUCAUGAAGUGGAGAAUUUACAUUGAAUUCAAUUCCAAUUUCAACAAUCUUCAAGUUAUGGAAUUUGACUGUUUGAGUUGGAAUUGUAAAAUAAAAACGAAUCUUUGGAAUUCAAUUGGAAUUCAAUGUGUACAUUUCCCAGUUAAUUUAAUUAAUGCACAAGUAUCAAAAAUUGACUGCAGGAUUUGUUUUAAAUCAUUCCAGCUUGUAUUUCUAUAUUUCCAGUAUAGCUAGGCUGUCUGAACGGUGACAUUAUCAGCCUGAAAGCCUGAUGGAAUUGAAUUCAAAUGAGAAUUUGUGGCAUUGUGGAAAAUAUGAAAUUGGUAAUUGAAUUCUUGGAAUAUACCUAACACUGGAUUGAGAGGAAUUGAAUUCUCUAAACUGACAUGGAAUUUGAAUUGAAUUAAAUGGAAUUUACAGGGAGGGAAUUUAAUUGUAAUAUAAUUUGUGGAACUAACCCCAACCCUGCUAAGUAAUACCCUUUUUAGACUAGUCUGAUUUGUAACAAAUUAAUUAUAUAUAUAUAUUUCCACACAGUACCAGUCAAAAGUUUGGACACCUACUCAUUCAAGGGUUUUUCUUUAUUUUUUUUACUAUUUUCUACACAUAUGCUGAGCACUUGUUGGCUGCUUUUCCUUCACUCUGCAGUCCAACUCAUCCCAAACCAUCUCAAUUGGGUUGAGGUCGGGGGAUUGUGGAGGCCAGGUCAUCUGCACUCCAUCACUCUCCUUCUUGGUAAAAUAGCCCUUACACUGCCUGGAGGUGUGUUGGGUCAUUGUCCUGUUGAAAACAAAUGAUAGUCCCACUAAGCGCAAACCAGAUGGGAUGGUGUAUCGUUGCAGAAUGCUGUGGUAGCCAUGCUCGUUAAGUGUGCCUUGAAUUCUAAAUAAAUCACUGACAGUGUCACCAGCAAAGCACCAUCACACCUCCUCCUCAAUGCUUCACGGUGGGAACUUUACUUGCGGAGAUCAUCCGUUCACCUACUCUGCAUCUCACAAAGACAACGGUUGGAACUAAAAAUCUCAAAUUUGGACUCAGACCAAAGGACAGAUGUCCACCAGCCUAAUGUCCAUUACUUGUGUUUGCAGCAAUUCGACCAUGAAGGCCUGGUUCACUUAGUCUCCUCUGAACAUUUGAUGUUGAGAUGUGUCUGUUACUUGAACUCUGUUAAGCAUUUAUUUGGGCUGCAAUUUCUGAGGCUGGUAACUCUAAUGAACUUAUCCUCUGCAGCAGAGGUAACUCUGGGUCUUCCUUUCCUGUGGCGGUCCUCAUAAGAGCCAGUUUCAUCAUAGCGCUUGAUGGUUUUUGCGACUGCACUUAAAGAAACUUUAGAAGUUCUUGAAAUUGUCCAGAUUGACUGUCUUAAAGUAAUGAUAGACUGUCAUUUCUCUUUGCUUACUUGAACUGUUCUUGCCAUAAUAUUGUCUUGGUCUUUUACCAAAUAGGGCAAUAUUCUGUAUACCACCCCUACCUUGUCACAUCAUAACUGAUUGGCUCAAAAGCAUGAAGGAAAGAAAUUCCACAAAGUAACUUUAAAAAAAGCAUACCUGUUAAUUGAAAUGCAUUCCAGGUGACUACAUCAUGAAGCUGGUUGAGAGAAUGCCAAAGCUGUCAUCAAGGCAAAGGGUGGCUACUUUGAAGAAUCUCAAAUGUAAAAUAUAUUUUGAUUUGUUUAACACUUUUUUUGGUUACUACAUGAUUCCAUAUGUGUUAUUUCAUAGUGUUGAUGUCUUCACUAUUAAUUCUACAAUGUAGAAAAUAGUAAAAAUAAAGAAAAACCCUUGAAUGAG